AUGAGUUUAGCUGCCCGAGCAAUUCGGUUCAACGUAAGCAAAAAAAUCUCGCAGCUAAUGAAGGUUAUUUCACUAUUUUCAUCACAACUUGCGGAAAAGAAGCAUCAAAAAGAAUAUCUGGAAAAUUAUUACAACCAAAUAUGGGCAGAUUUAGCAAGUAAAUACGAAAAAGAUAUCACUCCAAUACUUCAAGAAGCUUCUACAUGUAACUCAACAAUUUCCAACGAAAUUUCAGAAUUAUUUAAUUCUAAAUUUAAUGAAUUGCAUCAUUCAUUCAUGGUAAAUCAGCAAAAUCUAAGUGACCAAGUAAAUCAAACAUUUAUUCAAUCUCAAUCGGAAAUUUCAAAGUUUGUGGCAGAAAUCACAGAAAUAUCUUCAAAAUUACUUAGAAAUCAGUCAGCUUAUGCAAAUUGUGCAGUUAGGAUCGGACAAAUACUUGAAGACCCUUCAUUAAAACAGAAAUAUUUAAAAGAAUUACAAAAUAUUGAAGAAGAAUCGACUAAAAAAUAUAAUGAGUACGAAAAGCAAGCAGAUGCAAGAUUAAAGGAGUUGAAUGAUAAUCAUUUAAAGGAAAUGAAAGCAUUAAAUUCAAGAUAUAUGGAAGAUACUCCUGAAUUGAUCAAAUUUAAUGAAUUUCUCAAAGAAACACGUUCAAGAGUAUCAAUAAAUAAAGAUAUAUUAAAGAUUUCCUCAGAUAAAUAUCAAGAAGUAUCACAAGAUCAUUAUUUCAAUGAUUUGCAGGCAAAAAUCAACUCUGAAAUUAGCAAUUUGAUUAAUUCAAAAGAAACAUAUAAAGAAAAGCUUCAAAGUAAGAGAGAUCGAACAGAAAAACUCGAAUUAAUGCAUAAUGAAAUGAUUAAAAAAUUAACUGAAGAGCUCAAAGCAAUAAAAGCUUCAAAUGAACUAAAAUUGCAGAAAAUGUGCCGAGAAACCGAAGAAGUGCUUAAAAAUUUUCGAGAUGAAGAAAAAAAGUUGCUUGAUGAGCAAUAUGCAUCAUUAGGAUCAUAUGAUGCUUCAAUACAACAACUCCAAAAGCAGUAUAUAGAAGAGGAAGAAGCAUUAAAGCAAAAAAUUGAAUCUACAGAAAAUGUAACUAAAAAACUUUUGAAUGAGAAAGAAAAAUUAAUUCUAGAAACACAGAAAUCAUUUGAAAUGGAAGAAGAAAUGUUACAAAGGGAUAAUUCACAGUUAAUUUCUCGAAAUCAGCAAUUACUCAAAAAUGCAACAGCAAAUAUGAAGACAAUGGAAGAAAAUACUGUUGCUAGAUAUCGUGCAAUACUGUUGCAAAUGAGAUCUGACUUUGAGAAAAAAUUAAUUUCUGAUAACACGGAAAUAUCAAAUGCAAGAGCAAAUCUGCAAAAGUUUAAAGAAGAAAAAGAUACACAGAUUAGUAUUGUUAAGCAGAAAUCCAAUAAUUUCGAUCUUGAAACUAAUAAUAUUAAUACAAUUCAAAAACAGAAAUUUUUGGAUGCUGAAACUAACUUAGAAUCAACACUAAAUCAGAAAUACCAGGAUUAUACAAAUGAAAGAACUCAAAAAUUAUCUUUUGUUGAAAAAUCAAAUUCUAUGCUAGAAAAUAAGCGAAGGGAAGAGUUAGCAGCUAACUACGACAAAGAAAUAGAAAAUAUAAAGAAAGAAAAUCAAGAAAAUACGGAAAUUUCUCGUUCUGAAGAGAGAUAUAAAAAAGAAUACGAAGAAUUAAAGAAACAACUUGACUCAAUAACUCCUCCUGCCAACAAAUCAUUUGCUACUUAUGAUAAAACCAUUAAAGAUAUUACUAAUACCAUUUCCAAGACAAAAUUAGAAAUUGAAGAUGAAAAAAUCAAUAUGAAGAAUCAAUGGAACACAAUGAUUGAGAAUGAAAUUAAGCGUCAUACAGAUACAAGUUCAUCUGGAUCUUCAGGAAGAGCAAAAGAGCAAGUUAAGAAAAAUUUGAUGAAUAGAAUUCAAGAAAUAGCAGCCGAAACAGAAGAAGAAAGUAGAAAAUUGCAAGACAAACUAAAGCAAAUAAUGGCCAAGCAUAUGAAUGAUAUUGUUGAACUUGAAAGCAAGAAAUUACAAAUUUCAAAUGAAGAAGAGAUCAAGAAGCUUCAAAUUGAACUUGACUAUCAAAUCAAAAGAUGUGAUGAGCUAAUUUCAGAAGCUAAACGUCAAUCGAAGAAAGAAACUGCAGAAUUUCAGAUGAAAAUUGAAAAUAUGAAGAACGAUAAUGAUUCUAGAAUUCUGACAUUGGAAAAUGACAGUAAAUUCAUGGAAAACAAAAUCAAAAAGAAAUUGGAAGAUAUGAGAAUUUCAAUUUCGUUAAUUUCCCAAAAAGAAAAAGAAGAAGCUAGUAAAAUCAAAGCAGCAAUAGAAACAACAAUAUCCCAAGAAAACCAAUCGUUCCAAUAUCAUUCUAAAGAAAUUAAUGAUGAAAUCUCUAAACAACAGCUGAAAAUCCAACAAACAAAGAAAGACAGUGAUGACACUAUUAGGCAUAGAAUUGAAUCGAAUAACUAUGAACUUCAGAAAUUCGAAUCAAAGCUAGUUGACGAAAAUGAGAAUGUUAAAGACAAUUGGCAAGCAUUAGAACUAUUUUAUAAUGAAAAAAUCGAGGUUUUAGAGAAGAAGAGAGAUGAUUUGAUUGAAAAAUUCAAUACACGACCAGGAAGAGCGAGUGACUUGGAAAGAAUUGAAUUAUUGACAGGUAGAUUGAAGAUAAUACUAACCCAGCUCAAAAAUAAUACAAGAGAUCUUGUAGAAUAUAAGAAACUUUUAAUUGUCAAAGAAAAAGAAUAUAAUGAAAAAUUUGGAAGAAAGCCAAAUGUUGGCGUUCUUAUUGAAUAA